GUUUUUCACUCUCCACCCAUCUUCCUAGGCAUAUUAUCAAACAUGGGUGUGACAACUUUUACGCAGGAAUUCACAUGCCCAAUCGCUCCGGCACGAAUGUUCAAGGCCUUGAUCAUAGAAUCACACAUCCUAAUUCCAAAGCUCUUCCCACAAUUCAUCAAAAGUAUUGACAAGAUACAGGAAGAUGGAGGAUCUGGAAGCAUCGAAAAGGUCAACUUCACAGAAGGUAAUCAUUUUAAAUAUGUGAAACACAGGAUUGAUGAGGUAGAUGAAGAGAAAUAUGUGUGCAAAUAUGCUAUGAUUGAGGGUGAUGCAUUGGAUGACAAGCUUGAAUCCAUUGAUUAUGAGAUCAAGUUUGAAGCAGCUAGUGAUGGGGGUUGCAUCUGCAAGAUGACAAGCAAAUACAACACCAUUGGAGAGGUUGAGCUCAAGGAAGAGGAAAUAAAGUCUGGCAAGGACAGUGCCAUGGGCAUUUACAAAGUAGUUGAAGCCUACCUUUUGGAGAACCCUCAUGUCUAUGCUUAGCUUGUGUUUUACAUUUUUGGGUUGGAUUUUUUUUCUUCUUAAGGAGUGUUAUCUCUCCAUUCAGUUCUUUCAAAAUUAAGUAAGUGUGCUAUGAACUAUGAAUACAAAGGGAAUUUAUUCUAUUCAAAUAAAUCCCGCAUUAAUAUCUGUUGGGUG